AUGGUAAUUAAAGUAUACGUAGAACCAGUUGUUGAAGAUAUUCACCAUGAUGAUAUGGAGAUGGUAGAAACAGAAAACAAGCCCAAUCUUAACAUCAGAGUAAAAAACACUGAUACAUUAGAUGAAUACAGAGGCUAAGCAUAUUUAAAUACAGCUUUCAAUGAGAAGAUGAACAGGUGGAUCAAGAAGGGCAAAUAUCAGUGUAAAAUGUUCAAUAACAAUGCAGAGCUAGAGUUAAGAGUUGAGAUUUUUAAGUUCAUGCUUAAAAAGGUACCCAAGACUGAAGUAGAGCUGUUAAAGCAGGAAUUGUGUAUGAUGAGAAAGGAAAAUCAAAGAAUUAAGGGAGAAUAAAAGCUGUUCAGAUACUAUUUCUUGAACAUGUGGAAAGACAGAAGCAGACAAUUCUUUUAUGACAAGCCAGAAAUGAGAAUGGAACUUCUUGAAUCUAGCCAAAAUCUUUACGAUCAAAGUGAAGCCACUGGAGUUAUAAUGGAGGAGUUUGGAUCUAAAGGAUACUACUUAAAUUUCGUAUCAUAAAAGGUUCAUGGACUCGAACAAUUAUAGCAAAGCAUGUGUAACUUUGCAGGCACUCCUGGUGGAGCUAAUCAAUCUACAACUCUCGGUGGUCCUUCAACAACACUAGGAGGCGGCACUGCUACUGGCCCAGCUAGCUACAUGAACAAAGGUAAAGAUUUGAUUAGCAACUUAUGUGAGCUUGGUGAGCAAAGCAUUAAUGGUGGAAGAUAUGUUGAAGUAUUUAUUCUAGGAGGAGCUUAUCAAUAUCAGAAAGCAUGCUUAGACAUUUAAAAGCUAUUCAAUUCCGAAACAGGAGAUGUUUUCUCUUUAGUCCAAAUUAACUUACCAAUAGAAGAUGCAGCUACUUAUACAGUAUUCAUUCCUAAGAGACUCGCAAAUUGA